CCCUGGCGAGGUGAGUUCAAACAGUGUUGUUGCGUGCCUUCGUUUUUGAUUGUUGCUGCUGUCCAAAUGCCUGCAUCUUUGCAUCUCUGCCCCAAACCCUCUAUAUGUUUAAUGCUGUUGCUGUUUGUGUUUUCUGCUCUGUUUGCCUGCGACGAGAAAAUCAUGUGGAUGAAAAUGGCUGGCUGUUGGGCAUCCUCGCCAUCACGGGCACAUUUUGCGUUUGCCUUGUCCCGGCUUUUCGACCCCCUCCUUUCUGGCCUCCACCUGCGGCCACACGCCGUGCACCGAACUCCAAACUCUGCGACCUUGCCAUUCUGCGCUUCUCCGCGUUGCGCUGUAUAUGCCUUUGCGUCCUUUUCAACGGCAUCCUGUGUUCCCAGAAUCCUCUCUCCUCCGCCGUCGCCAUCCCCGCUGUUCGCCUGUUCGCGCCCGUGCACCGUGACUGCUGCCUCAAGGAUCCCCGAGUGCGUGUGACUGCAGCGACUGCGACUUCGACUGCGACUGUUCACAGGUGGCGAACCGAAGAAGUUGUGCGACAAUCACACGUCCGAAAUCCCUGACUUCCUUGUCCUUCCCGGUUUCACUGUCUUUGUUCUUUUGUCCUGCGCUUGCCGCCCAGACCCUGAGGGUUCUUUGGAAAUCCUCCGGGUGGCCCAUGUAUCUCAUUUAUUCAGUCAUCCGCGCAUCAACAUCUGCCAUCAGGCGAAGACUUGCCACUGACCCUACCGUGACACAGACUUGGC